UCGGGAAAAUACUUUUUGAAUAUUUUUUCUCCAUUCUCUGAAACUCGUUUACCCUCCAAGGCUCAACCAAAAGGAAGUCAUUUUCUAGCGCUUUUGAGCUUUUUAGGGUUUUGUUAAAUCGGGAACGUUGAAGGAAGAUUAUCUAAUGGCGACGGACGCACACGGCCAAACGGCGAAGACGAUGAUGGACCCCGCGCUGCUAGAUGAUAUAAUCAGACGGCUUACGGAAGUCCGAUUAUCCAGGCCAGGCAAACAAGUGCAACUUUCUGAGUCUGAGAUCAAGCAUCUUUGUCUUGCCUCCAAAGAUAUCUUCCUUCAACAGCCCAAUUUGCUUGAACUCGAAGCCCCCAUCAAAAUUUGCGGUGACAUACAUGGACAAUUUAGUGAUUUACUAAGGCUCUUCGAGUAUGGGGGGUUUCCGCCUCAUGCUAAUUAUCUAUUUCUAGGCGACUAUGUGGAUCGUGGCAAGCAGAGUUUGGAAACAAUAUGUCUUCUACUUGCUUAUAAGAUUAAGUAUCCAGAGAACUUUUUCCUAUUGCGAGGAAACCAUGAAUGUGCAUCUAUUAAUCGGAUAUAUGGGUUUUAUGAUGAAUGCAAACGAAGGUUUAAUGUGAGGCUUUGGAAAAGCUUUACUGAUUGUUUUAACUGCCUUCCUGUUGCGGCUCUUAUAGAUGACAAAAUAUUGUGUAUGCAUGGUGGUCUUUCCCCGGAUUUGGUGAACCUAGAUGAAAUUAGAAAUUUGUUUCGUCCAACUAUCAUUCCUGACACUGGCUUGCUGUGUGAUUUGCUCUGGUCUGAUCCUAAUAGAGAUGUUAGAGGAUGGGGAAUGAAUGACAGAGGAGUUUCUUUCACUUUUGGGGCAGACAAGGUGGCAGAAUUCUUAGGGAAACAUGAUUUAGAUCUUGUCUGUCGUGCGCAUCAGGUUGUGGAGGAUGGUUAUGAAUUCUUUGCCGAUAGGCAACUUGUUACAAUAUUUUCAGCACCUAACUACUGUGGUGAAUUUGAUAAUGCCGGUGCAAUGAUGAGUGUCGAUGAAAACUUGACGUGUUCUUUCCAGAUUCUCAAGCCAGCUGAGAAAAAAAGCAAAGUUCAUGUCCACUAAAAUGUGAUGAUUGCAGCUAUCAUUGUAUAGCGGCUUACAAUUCGCGACAAAAAUAUCCUGUUUAUAUCUUUCCUUGCCAACAAUGGUUGAAUCUGAAAAUCAGUGGCUUCAGAACUUCAGGUAGUGAAGAUGCAAAGUGACCUCUUCAUGGAUACAUUUUGUAUGGUAAAAAAACUUCACUAGUCUUGUGUAGAGUUAGCAUAAGUGAACCCCUGCAACCCGGUUUAUCGUUUUUAUUUAUAGCAGUCAAUCUGUGUAUAUGUAGAUGAUAUAUCCGGUCUGGCAGUUUGUAGUUGUGGUUUUGAGUUGUUGGAAUGAAAAGAUUGCCUGCUUGUGUCUUC